GCGUUAAUUAUUUGUCUAGAAGUAUCUUCACUCCAAUUUUUAUGUUGUUGCAGAGUAAAGUCCACAGUGCAGCUGCCUAUCCAAGGAAUUCGCUCGCUCUCAACGAUCGAUCGAGAAUCUAAGGAGGGAUGGAUCCAUUUUUCCAGCCAUUUUUCACUGAAUCUUUUGGUAGCUUCUUUGGGGGAAAGAGUCCAUUUGAUGAUCCUUUCUUCACUGAAGAGAUUGCAAAUCGUUCGGGACCGAGGAGGCAAAUAACCAUUGAGGAAUUGAACCCUGGUAGUGAUGGUGAUCAUGACUCUUGGAAGAGUACCAUGCCAAGCAAAGACCUGUCUGUUGGGGAUUCGAGCAAAUAUUCAUCUGGUACUCAGAGUUUCAGUUACCAGAGGGUCGCCUAUGGCGGACCAAAUGGAGUGUACUACAGCUCCUCUGUUGGGAAAAGAACUGGUGGUGAUGGGGUGUUUAUGAUGGAGAUGAAAGAAGAUGACAGAACUGUCGGUGAAUCACUGCAUACUAUUUCUAAAGGGAUGCAUGAUAAGGGGCAUUCUGUUACAACCAAACAGCGUUCAGAUGGUCAAGUCGAUUCCCUGCAAACUUUACACAAUUUACAGGAAGAUGAGCUUGCUGGAUUUGAAGAGAAUUGGAAAGUGAAUGCUGAUAAUGUGUUGCCUGGAUGGAGUAAUUGCUUCAGUUUACUCGAGAACACAGGGGCUUGGGAUGAAUUUGCAGGUUGGGGUCAAUGGGGCUUUCCAGCUCUCGAAUAUUUUGGGAACCGUGGAGCCGAAGCACGACCUGAUAGGGAAGGAAAGGGUCGAUCCUCCAAAAGAAUCAUCCCUGUCGAGUAGAAUAGAGUAUGCUCCUCUUAUCCUUCUCCUUGUGUAUAAAUAAGUUGUGAGUGUGUGUUUGCUUAGCUAUGUCUGAUGCGGGAAUAAAUUGAGUGAGGUGUGAUGGAGAAAAUGAUGAUGUGUUUGUGUAUAUGUGUGACAAUGUGAAUACUUUUUGGUGGGUGUGCGUUUCAUAAAAGUUGUUUGAGUAUAUUAUAUUUCUAGUGGCAUUUAUGUGGAGUAUA